CCUUGUUGUGUCCCUUGGCAAAAGUUUCUCUGGGCUCAUCAGCAGUUUCAAAAUAUGGAAUGGUAUAUCACCCAAUCCACUGCAAACCAAAAACUUGGUUGUGGGACCUCUAGGUACACUAGCCCAGGGAUGGACUAAUUUAAUUCUUGGAAAAAGCAUAAAAAAACUGUCUCCCAGCUACUUCAAUGAAACAAUCUGUAAUUAUGGAUUUUACGAUGAGAGCUGUUCAUCCAAACUAGAUAAAACCAAACCAAAGUUCACAACCUGUUCUCAGAAGGACAUCUUCUUUGUCAGCAAGGGCAGUUUGGCAGAAGGUAUACCGCUACCCAAACCGACAGGUGUGGGAAAAAUUACUUCGUCUCUUAACGAAGAUGCUACAUACACAUGGGGUGUAUAUUCUGUAAUCUACGUACUCAAAGACAAUUUCGAUAAUUAUGAUACAUGUCGCUCAAAACUGUAUGUCCAAUAUGGAAUCUGUGAAUAUCAACCGAGUUUGGACUGUUCCAAUACGACACAAAGUUGUUAUCCCCCUUGCAAUUCAAGCCUUUCAUUUCCUCAAGACAACAUGGUCUGUGGUAAACUUGGUACCUAUGACUGGAGGAACCCAUUUGUGAAACAAAAAUUCCCAUCUUGUGGACCAAGAACCGAGGGAUUGGUAAACCUCACCGUCAAUUUCCAAAAUGUGUCUGAUUCAAGUUGCGAUAGCAGUUUCGAAGCAGAGUUAAAAACACUUAUUAUAAAGGUGACAAAGAAUGCUGAUAAAGUAUGGCCUGGACUUUGUGUAGAUCAGAGUUGUUCAAAUAUAAAUGCUGUUGUUGAUUGUCAAAAUGAUGGCAAAACAGCAAAUAUUGUCAUGACAGUGAAGAAUGUUAAGGCCAAACUGAAGGAUGCUACUACUGGCACAGUAGAGGACACGGAACAAAUCCUAAAAUUCAUGCUAAGAAAAAUAGCAGUAGAUAAAAAGGUCACAGUUGACACCGAGAAGGACUAUUGUAAGAUGGGCUCUGAACGUGUUGGAGAUUUGUGUAUUGCCUGCACUCCUGGUAUGUUCUAUCACACAAGAACCGAAGCUUGUCACUUGUGUUCAUUGGGCUUCUAUCAAGAUCAAAGUGAACAGACUUCAUGUAAAAGUUGCCCCGGUGGUUACACAACAAUGGCUAAAGGAUCUCAGUCACUAAAUGAUUGUUCAGUGCUGUCGUGUCCAGUGGGUAGCUCUUACAACAGUUCCACUCAGAAUUGUAUGGAAUGCCCGAAAGGGUUCUAUCAAAACAAAGUUGGUCAGACUUAUUGUGUACCUUGCCCAUUGGGACAGGACACUCCAGAUGUUGGGGCCAUUUCAGAGAGCAAUUGCAACAAAGCCGUAUGUCAAUCUGGGAGUCAAAGGAUCAAUGGAAAAUGUGAGUUAUGUCCGCUGGGUUUCUUUAGAAGAUGGUAUAUCGAUGACAAGUGUAUACCUUGCCCUAGGGGAACCACAACAAAUGUUGUCGGAGGCAAGAAACUAUCCGACUGUACUAUACCUCCUUGUAAACCUGGUGAAUACCUUGAUAUACAAACUGUCACUUGUACGAAAUGCAAAGCAGGAACAUACCAAGAUAGGACAAACCAAAUGAGCUGUGUGCCAUGCCCCGGGGGGACCUGGACGAAAGAGAAUGGUGCCACCAGUGAAACUGAUUGUAAAUUAUAUUGUAAACCCGGCUUUUACAUGUCAAGUGACUCAAAAUGUUUACCGUGUCCCCGAGGGUUCUUCAAAGAACAAUCAGGCAACACAGCAUGUACCAAAUGUCCCCAGGAAGAUAGAACAACAGCUAGAGAAGGAACUGUUUAUUCCACAGAUUGUUCUAUUGUAUUAUGUAAGCCAGGACACUACUUGAACACCAAUGAGCAGAAGUGCUACCCAUGUCCUGUGGGCUCCUACAAGACCACAACUAACCGUGACAUUACUUGUGAGAGAUGCCCUAAGGAUAGGUCGACAGAAAAUACUGGAUCUCAGUCAGUUGCAGAUUGUUCCGUAGUGAUGUGUAAAGCAGGGACCUACAUCACACCAUCUGGUUGCAAAGAAUGUGCCAAAUCCUAUUAUCAACCAAAACCAAAAAUGACUGAAUGCAUUCCUUGCGGUGUGGACAAAACAACUUAUGAAACGGGAGCCACUUCGAAGUUGCAAUGUUUACAUGUCUGUCCUCAAGGAGAAGCUUUGAACUAUAACACAUCCCUGUGUACCAAGUGUUUAAGUGGAUAUUAUGGGGACCGUCAAACUUCUCAGUACUGUGUCAAAUGCCCAACAGGGAAGACAACCAUCGGAACUGGUGAAGAGUCUCCCAGCAAAUGUAUUGAAAUACCUGACACUAUGGCACAGGGUGAAAGUUCGUCUGUGACACUUUACAUAAAAUUCAGGUUUCAUCUUCCACAUUGCGACACUCAACGAAGCCAGCAGCUGUACGAACACCUCAUUACCGAUCUUGUCCGAGACAACUUGAUCACCUUAGGCAAAACAUGGCAGGGACUGUGUUCAAAUAAAUGCAAAUCCCUACAGACUCGAGUGAAAUGCAUCGGUACAAAUACGAACCAAGCUAAUGCGCAGGACCUUAAAGAACCAGUAGACGUCAUUGUUGUAAUUACUGAUGUGAAGUACACCUUAUUUAACAUUAAGGAUAACAUUACAGUCCUUGCGGCCAGUGUAAUUGGUCAACAUUGCUUAAAGUUAUCAAGAUACACUUUGAUUGAACAAAAUAUAAUACCUGUGGAUGCUUGCCAAGUCAGCCUUUCGUGUUUCUGUGUUGAUGGCCAGAUACCAAUCUAUGGGAAAUACAUAUGUGGUGACAACUGUAAACCAUGUCCACGUGGUACUUACCACAAUACCAGUGUAUCACAGUGUCAAAUGUGCCCAAAAGAUCAUUACCAAGACAAAACUGGGUCCACAAAAUGCAAAAGCUGUCCAUCACCAUUCAAGACCGACAAUAAGGGAGCUCAAUCCAGAGAUGAAUGCAGUGAUAAACGCCAGAUGUCAUUGAUUAUAAUAGUGUUGUCUUGCAUAUUUGGUUUAUUGCUCCUAGUUUUGAUUGUGGUUGGCAUCUAUUUGUCCAUGAGGAAAGGCCGGCAAAGAUCUAUUAUGCGACGCAUGAAAAACAGACUGACAGAGCCAUACACCAACCCCUUAUUCAGGAAUAAAUAUAACACAAACAAAAUGGAAUCAAGUCGUAGAGUGAAAUGGUCAGAGCCUGAGAACUAUUCACCACAUUAUGUGUCACCAUAUUUCGAAGCAGAACAUGAUUUCAGACGUUAAUCUUCAGGAAUUAUGAUAUAAUCCUAUCAAGAACUGUUCAUCCUAAUCCAAUUAUCUGUGACUGUUACUAUUAAUACUAACUCUAUUGUUACUAAUGCAAACUAUUAUUAUUGUUUUUUUUUGUGUGUGUAUGGUAAGCAUCAUGAAGUAAGACUUGGGCAGCAAACUCUCACAUAAUCUUUCUAAUAGAGUUAAGUCUGCGAAUUCAAAAUGAGACUUAGAAAGCUGUUGUUGUUUCGUGUUUCUUAGCAAUUUGCUAAUUCACUUCAAAAACGGUGUAAAAUGCUCUUCCAAACAAACAAAGAAACAAAAAAAAUUUAAACUAAAAUAUAAAAGAAAAAUGAUGUCAUCACAUGCUUAUUCCUCAUUCCCAACCUCUUUUCCCCCAUCCUUGUAAAUGUCUGACCCCCCCGUAAUAUUAAUUUAAAUCCAUGGAAGAGGUAUCGGAUACGGUGUGAAGAAUAUUUUUGGUAAUAUGAUGUAUUUACAAAAUAAUUGUUUCAUAUUUAUAUGUAACAGCUUAAAAUUUGGGGUGUUU